AUGGGAACUGAAUCUGAUGAAGAAAUAUUUGAGGCUGUAAGAGAAGUAGAGGAGGCCGCAAAGGCGCCGCAAAAGAAAGCUAAGUCUACCGCAAGAAAAACUAAGCCCACCGCAGAUAAGUCGCAAACUGAAAGCAAGAGAGACAAACUUAUAGAGCUAUCGAGGGAUGGUAUAAUAGAGAAGUCCGCAAGUUUUAUAAGAAAGUCCAACAAGGAUGUUGUAGAUAGACUAUACCAAGAGUAUGAAAGUCAGAGGAUGUCAUGCGCAAGUGACUUCUUAUUAACGCUUAUAAUUUCAAAGUUUGCUUCUAUACUGGGGAGUUUCGGUGCAGUGGCAUCUUCAGAGAAACUGUCAGAGCAACUACUUGGUGACAAGCUUCUAAAGGACGACGUAGCAUAUCUAACCAGAACGAUAUCCCCGAACAUUCCAUUUAUAGGUCUCAUAUCAGGUGGCUGUACAACAGCUAAGCAUGUAGUUGCCCAUAAGUGGAAUAAGAAGGAGGAGUCUGAGGAAAUAUCUGAGGAAGCUAAACAUCUCCUAUUACAUACAGAAUGUCACACUACGAGUGGGGAAACGCUUGGGAAGGAACAGAGUUCGAAGACAUAA